UCCUUCCGCUUGCUCCCCCACCCACGCUUCUCCUCUCCUCUCCUCUCUUGCUUCAUAUAUUCUCCGUUUUUUUUUUUAUUGUCAUUCUCUUCUCACGCAAAAAAGCAUGACUGAUUCUUCGGGCCUGCCCUCUGUGAAACGUCCUUUGCCAGAACACAUGAGACUGGAGAUCAAUCAUGCCAAUAGCCUAAAGAGUCAUCAACAACCUGUCAGGCCUUGGCUCGUACAGAAGUUCGGUGGCACCAGCAUCGGAAAGUUUAUCGAAACUAUCACCGGCACCAUCGUACAGUCAUAUCUUCCUUCAUAUCAAGUAGUCGUAGUCUGUUCUGCAAGAAGUAGCGAGUCCAAAGCAUUAGGAACAACCAACAGGUUACUUCGUGCAGCUGCCUCAGCACUGGAGCCUGGAUCGAUCGAAUUUAUUGAGAUAGUACAGGAUAUUAGGCUAGACCAUCUUAACGCCGCAAGUCAACACAUCUCCGACACUGACAUCUUGAAACGCGUACAAGAAGAAUUGAACCAUGAUUGCGAUAGACUAAAAACCUUUUUACAAGCCGUCCAGACAAUUGAGGAAAUCUCACCACGAUCAAAGGAUAUCAUUAUGUCAGUUGGUGAAAGGCUUUCAUGCAGGAUUGUAGCGGGCGUGCUCGAAGAUCGUGGCGUGGAGACUCAAGUCAUUAGUCUAGAGAACGUUAUUGAAGCCGUCUUUGAUGUCAAUGCGUUGGAUCAAAAUUUUUAUGACUAUCUUUCUCGAGCCUUUGCAACUGCGGUCUCCAAAUGCGGCCAUCGUGUGCCUGUUGUCACAGGUUUCUUCGGCCCUGUACCUGGGAGCUUGCUGACCAGCAUUGGAAGAGGAUACACGGAUCUGGCUGCUGCACUUAUUGCCGUGGGAUUAGAUGCUGAGGAGCUUCAAGUAUGGAAGGAAGUUGACGGCAUCUUCACCGCUGAUCCACGCAAGGUGAAAAACGCACGUCUGCUUAAUAUUAUCACCCCUGAAGAAGCCUCGGAAUUGACGUUCUAUGGCUCAGAAGUCAUCCAUCCGUUUACAAUGGAACAAGUUAUUCGUGCUCAGAUCCCUAUCCGUAUAAAAAACGUCAUGAACCCAACGGGAUCAGGCACUAUUAUCUUUCCAGAUCAGUCUGGUGAAAUGACACCUAGUGGUCGUAUGACCCCACCACCAUCCUCAAAGGUUUUGCUAGAGAAUGGAUACCAAUUAGAUCUUUCGAGAAGACAUCCUACAGCAGUGACGAUCAAAGACAAUGUUUGGGUACUCAAUGUUCAUUCAAAUCGCAAAUCGGUCUCACAUGGCUUUUUUGCACAGAUCUUUGAGACACUGGACAAACAUGGUAUUGCAGUCGAUCUGAUCUCGACUUCGGAGGUACAUGUCUCUAUGGCCCUGGAGGCCGGUGUGAACGAGAAAGAGAUGGCCAAGGCAAUGCAACAAUUAAAGGGCAUUGGAACAGUUGAUGUGACUAAAGGAAUGGCUAUCUUGUCGCUGGUCGGCAAGCAAAUGAAAAACAUGGUCGGCAUUUCCGGACGGAUGUUUUCGACAUUGGCUUUGGCAGGGAUCAAUAUCGAAAUGAUUUCACAAGGUGCAUCAGAAAUCAAUAUCUCUUGCGUGAUCUUAGAAAGCCAGGCACUACAGGCCAUGAAUGUCAUUCACGAGGAGCUUUUAAGUAAUAUUGAUAUAGUGGCUGUUAAAUCCUUUUCUUAGAUGGAUCAAAAAA